AUGUGUGGUAUUUUAGGAAUAGUUCUCGCAGACCAACAGCAAAAUGUUGCUGCCGAGCUCUUUGAAGGUUGUAUGUUUUUACAACAUAGAGGACAGGAUGCAGCCGGAAUCGUUACCUGUGGUAACAGAGGUAGAUUCUACCAAUGUAAGGGUAACGGUAUGGCCAGAGAUGUCUUCACUCAAAAGAGAAUGAACAGCUUGGUGGGUAACAUGGGGAUUUCUCAUUUGCGUUAUCCAACUGCUGGGUCCUCUGCAGGUAGUGAAGCACAACCAUUCUACGUCAACUCCCCAUACGGGAUCACCUUGUCCCACAAUGGUAACUUGGUCAAUUCGAUUGAAUUGAGAAAGUACUUGGACGCUGAAGUGCACAAGCAUAUCAACACUGAUUCAGACUCUGAGUUGUUGAUCAACGUCUUUGCUUCUGAGUUGGAUAAGUUCAACAAAUCAAGAGUUAACAACCAAGAUUUGUUCUCUGCAUUGACUGGAACCAUGGAAAUGGUUAGGGGUGCUUACGCAUGUGUUGCCAUGCUUGCAGGUUAUGGUAUCAUCGGAUUCAGAGACCCCAAUGGUGUCCGUCCGUUAUUGUACGGAGAAAGAAUCAACAAGACAGGCUCAAAGGAUUACAUGUUGGCUUCUGAGUCAGUCGUAUUGAAGGCUCACGGAUUCCAUACCUUCCGUGAUGUUCGUCCAGGUGAAGCAGUUAUUAUUUUGAAGGAUGGAUCUGAACCCGAAUUCAGACAAGUUGUAGAACCUAAGAUAUUUGCACCAGAUAUUUUCGAGUAUGUGUACUUUGCCAGACCAGAUUCAGUUCUCGAUGGAGUUUCUGUAUACCACUCUAGAAUUGAAAUGGGUAACAAGUUAGCCAAUAAGAUUAUCAAGGUUUUUGACAAACCAAGUUACAACGAUAUCUUGGAAGAAAUCGACGUGGUUAUCCCAGUUCCUGACACUGCUAGAACCUCAGCAUUGCAAUGUGCCGUCAAGUUGCAUGUUCCUUAUAGAGAAGGUUUCGUCAAAAAUCGUUAUGUUGGACGUACUUUCAUCAUGCCAGAUCAACAAGAGCGUAGAUCAUCAGUUCGUAGAAAGUUGAACGCAAUGGAAUCGGAAUUCAAGGGUAGAAGUGUCUUGUUAGUUGAUGAUUCGAUUGUCAGAGGAACUACAUCCAAGGAAAUUGUUGCCAUGGCCAGAGAAGCUGGUGCUAAGAAGGUGUAUUUUGCUUCAUGUGCUCCUCCAAUCAGAUACAACCAUAUAUAUGGUAUUGAUUUGGCAGACACCAAGGCAUUAGUUGCUUACAACCGUACAGACGAAGAAAUUGCUCAAGAAAUUGGUGCUGACAAGGUGAUUUACCAAGAUUUGCACGAUUUAUUCGAUUCAUGUAAGGGUAAGGGAGUCGAAAACUUUGAAGUUGGUGUCUUUACUGGAGAAUACAUCACUGGAGUGGAAGACAACUACAUACAAGAAUUGGAGAAGAUUAGAGCUCAAAAUCAAAGAUUGAAAAGUGCCAGCGAAAAGCAUGGAUUGUCAGUCGAUGCAUGCAUAGAUUCACAAGAUAUGGUUGACGUCAAGGCUGAAGUUGAUCCAAGUAUGUACAACUCUGGAGAUUACUUACAGUAG